UAUAGAAUUGUUUUUAACAAAAUAAUCAAAUGUUUACUGUUCUAACAGUUUAUUUGCAUUUUAAUGUCAAUUUGUAUAGCUGUUUUAUAAAUAUAUCUUUAAAAUUCAUCUUUAUGUUUAUAACCAAUUUGUUUUUAACACAAUGACCUUUAAAUUGCUUGUUGAGAUACAUGUGUUAAAAAUGCAGUUAUUCUGAAUGAUGACCAGAUUUCCAUAUACUGCACAUAUUAUUUAGUUUCACACAAUAAACAAAGGAUUUCAGUGCAGGAAAUAUAAUACUCCAAAGCUGUUCAGCACCUUACAAGUCUUUCCCAAACAAAAACAAUCUACCUCAUAGGGAUUUCCCAGAACGCAUGUCUAUCCGUUCCCCCCUCCCCAUCAUUUCCUUAUUUGGGCUUGGGUGUGCCUUUUUACACUUUGUUUCUUUACUGGCUUUAGCCAGUUGUUUUUCAUUUAGAGCACUUCCCGCAAACUCCAGUAUCUUUAUAUCUUUCUGAACUUCCUUCUAUAGGACACUGACUGUGAAGUUUUUGAGUCAACAUUUAAAAUAAUCUUUUUUUUCUUGAAUUCUUGUUUUUACCCUGUAAAUCCUGUAGGAGGGCUGUUGGUGUGCUUUCCAGUACAUGCUGUGGGACCAAGUAGAAAAGACCAAAAGUAAUUUGAGGGUAAAACUGUAAGUCAAGUUCACGUGUUCAUUCACGGCAUACAAGUGCUGUGACACGCUCUUAUGGUUUUACAAUGAUUUCACAGGAAAUUCAUGGGUAACAGUUUAAUUAUAAACUAAAUAAAAUAUAAAAAUGUCCUCCCCCUAAGGAAUAAUGUUAUAAUAAUGAUUUCAGUGUUUCUCAUUGACAUAAUGAAUAAUGACAUAAUAAACAUUUAUUUAUAUCCAGAAAAACAUCUUUCAGCUUUGAAGCCAUGGUCUUUAUGCUAGUGUGCGCCACAAAAUGAAAAAAAUAACUCUUAUUUCGCUGAUGUUUUUAUUUAAUAAAAUAGACUAUUAAUAAAAUAGACAAUUGACUGGGAAAAAAGACUGUUGAUCCCAAAAGCCACUGGAUAUGUCAUACCUUAAACUUUAAAUUAGAAAUACAUUACAGGGACAAGACUGAACUCUUCAAAAGUGUUUCUUAAAAAUACUUUAAAGACUGUAUGCAAUGUAGACUAUUUUAACAAACUGGUUGUGAUGAAGGAUUGCUUAAAAAAGGCUUACGCAGAAUCAGACAUCAAACUACAAAAAAAUCCUACAAAAACAAAUAGAUCUCAUACUGUUCCCUCUCCUAGUAACCAAGUCAUCUCUUGAUAAUAAAUGUCAGUGAAGCCAGCUCCAACCCCAGUGACAAUACAUGGCAUCAAGGGAGGGAAGAGACUAAAAGAGAGGGAAAGAGCAAUAGACAUGCAAACGCAUGUGCAUGCAGUUAAACAGUGACAGGCCAGUGGAGUGUUUUUGGAAAGCUUCCCAGCUGUGACUUUACCUAGUGGAUUGAGCUAAUGAUUAUUUUUGUACGGACUCGAAAGGUUUCACAUUCGAUGAAAGCAGAGAGGCUUGACUGAGACCUGCAUUGCUAGGCAGCCCCUCCUUUGAGUGAUGGUUGCUUUGACUCUGCCCACUGGAGCGUUGGUUUGAGAUUGCAAAACUAAAAACCUACAGCCUACAGCAGGUGAAUACAGGAGGAUUUUGGAAGUCCCCAAUAAAGGCCAAAAACCACAAACUCUGUCUUUGCAACAACAAAUGUUUCUUCAUAAUGUCAGAGACUUGGCUCGCUCCUGUAGAAACCGAGGUGACUAACACUGCAGAGUCUCCAGAGGUGGAAUGCCCAGUCUGCUAUCAGGAGUAUGACCAGAACAUCAAACUCCCGCGGAUGCUGGAAUGCCUUCACGUCUUCUGCACAGAGUGUCUCAGGAAAAUCCAGCUAACUCCUUUGCACUCUCCGGAUCCCAACAGCGCUCCCUCAAUCUCCUGCCCCCUGUGCCGCCACUCCACCCCACUACAGGGUAGAGAUGCACACUCACUUCCCUGCAACUCACGGAUUCUCGCCCAGCUCCCUCCAAUAGCAUGUCGUCUGCCUGUGUCAGUUUCUACCCGGCUGGCUACAGUGACCCAAAGGUUUGUGCUGUCUGUGGGAGAGAGAGAUACCCGAUUCAUAAUUUUGCCCACUGUUAGUCUGAGGGUGGAGCAGAUGGGAGAAGGUACAGAAAGGGUACACCCGCCUGAGGUGCUGUAUCACGAUAUGGAGACUCUAAGGAGACACAAGAAGACCUUGAUGUGUGUUCAGAUGUUGGCUGUCAUCUUUUGGAUUAUGUUUGUGCUGAUUUGUGUGGUUGGGGUUGUUUUUGGACCGACACUCUUUCAUAAUUAGGAGUUGAAGGACUUUUGUGUAUAGCAUAAACAUGUUUAUUCUGCUGUUCUAAAGUUAAUGCAACUGACAACAUCUGUGGUUACUCUAUAGGACACCUUGGUACCAGAUGGUUGAAAGAAAGUGCAAAAGUUUUGAACUUCAGAAAAGUGGUGUUGUUCUGAAGAACUUUUUUUGCUAAUGCUACUGGGUAUGAUAUUUUGUUUUGAAUGUUUUAAAUGCAAUACCAUUCCAUCUUUUUGUCCUGUAUGUUAAUUUAUUUUGUUCUUAUUACACUAUAAAGAAAAAUGUUGAUUUAACUAAAAAAAAGUUACCUGGUUGUCUUGAAAUUUUAAGUUAAUUAAACUUAAAAAUAUUAGUCCAGACAACGAGUUUGCAUCACAUUAAUUGAGUUAACUUAGAUUUACACUAAUACAACAAAUAUUACAACAAAUAUUUUUUACAGCGCAGGAUGUCACUGACUAUUAAUGUGAAUACUUAUUAUUUAUGUAUUUACUAAAUUAAGGGCAAUGAUAUUUACAUUUUUUUUUGACGAUGAACGUUCACAUUGGAUGUUUGGGAAAUUAAUUUAUGAUUUUUUUUACUUUACUAGCAACAUCUAUUAAGUAAUCAGUUUACUUCGAAUACUUUAUACAGUUUAUAUACAGGCUGUGGUACGUUACAGUACAUAAUUGUUGACAUUUCUAGCCCCAAGCCAUUAUAUGUAUAAAACUGCAUACAUAUUAACGUUAUAUAUAUUUUUUUAAUAUAUAUUUUAAAAAUAUAUUUUUUAUUAUUGCAAAGUACCCUUCACAUUAAGCUAACUGCAAAGUUAAAAUUUAAAACAAGAUGAAAAAACCUGUUUCAGCUAGAACACUGAAAAUUUGCAUUUAUUUAGUGUUCUUUGUUUGUUUAAAGGUUAAAUCUUUAAAAAAUCUAAAAUUUAUUUUCAUUUUUGUGUAAUUCAAUAUUUCAUCUAUGCUGUCAAUCUUUCUGUAUAUUUAAUGAUUUUUUAACCAUGACUGGAGAGGGUCAAUUAAAAUCCUGUUACCUAAAAUUAUUUAUUGGAAGUUAUUUGUUUAUUUUCAAAUAAUGCCAUUGUGGCUAUACUAUUUCAUGUAUGUUAAUUUUAAGCUAAAAGCCAUUUAUAAAUUACUUGGACCCUGGGGUUAUAAACAUUGUGCAUUUUGUUUCCACUGUAUGUAGUAUAUUCAUUGUCUGAGCUAAGUCUGUACUUUCUAAGCUUUUUAUUUUGAUUCAUUGUGGUGCUGGUUUAUGUAUACAUAUAAUUUAUUUUCUUAAUAAAUGCUUGUCGUUUUUUAA